UGGUUCAAGGACGCGAGGCUGCUUUUCUCCUUGGUUUUGUCAAAGACUUCAGAAGACUCCGAAAACGGUUUCAUAUGACACAGCAUUGUGGUCUUAGGUUACCCCUCAGGAUAUUUUUUCUUAUCAUCCGUGUUGAAGAAAAGCUUGCAAAUGUUUUGCCCCUUCUCUAUGGUUCUCGAAUAUCAUGCGUUUGAUCUAUUUCAUGUUCGAACUGACUAGGAGGUGAAAGAGCAUGAACUAUCCAGCUAAGGAAGACCGGGUCGAAACUUUUUCUAAAUUUUGAUUGGUCCCCUCGUGAUUCUGGAGGAAGUUUUGUGACCGCGGCAGGUGGGUUUGCUUCGAAUUUUAAUUCAAGCUGUCCAUCAAGUGGUCUAUGUUGACAACUGGUUGAAAAUUUGAACAACUUGUUCAGCUGUUUUCAUGGAUAAAUUAUGUUGUUUUAAGUCUUCCUACUCUCAGCUUGUAGCUUCACGUUCUUCAUCAAGCACGGGUAAGGGGAAAAAUAAUGAAGGAUCAAUAAAGUAUGGUUUCUGUCUAGUAAAAGGAAGAGCUGAUCACCCAAUGGAGGAUUAUCAUGUUGCAAAGUUUGUGCAGAUUCAGGGAAAAGAGCUGGGGUUGUUUGCUAUUUAUGAUGGCCAUUUAGGAGACCGUGUACCUGCUUACUUACAGAAACAUUUGCUCCCCAAUAUCAUAAAGGAGGAGGAAUUUUGGGAAGAUCCCACUGGAUCCAUCUCAAAAGCAUACGAGAGAACAGAUCAGGCAAUUCUUGCGAAUAGUUCUGAUUUGGGGCGUGGUGGGUCAACUGCUGUAACUGCAAUAUUGAUCAAUGGCCAAAGGUUGUGGAUAGCUAAUGUUGGAGAUUCACGAGCAGUUCUUUCAAGAAAAGGUCAAGCUGAGCAAAUGACUAUAGACCAUGAGCCCAACACAGAACGGGGCAGCAUUGAGAAUAAAGGUGGUUUUGUCUCCAACUUGCCAGGUGAUGUGCCUAGAGUAAAUGGACAAUUAGCUGUAUCACGUGCCUUCGGAGACAAGAGCCUCAAGACACAUUUGCGGUCAGACCCUGAUGUACGGAAUACUGCUAUAAAUUCUGAUAUCGAUAUUUUAAUCCUGGCAAGUGAUGGACUGUGGAAGGUUAUGUCUAAUCAAGAGGCAGUUGAUGUUGCUAGAAGGAUGAGAGACCCACAGAAAGCAGCUAAGCAAUUAACGGCUGAAGCAUUGAAAAGAGACAGUAAAGAUGAUAUAUCUUGUGUUGUGGUUAGGUUUAGGUGAUGACAUCCAUGUUUCUUGCUGGGUGCAGUUUAUACAAAAAAAAAUUAGGUUAUCUUUGCAGGGCUUGCCAAUUUAUGAAAUGGACUAAACGACAUACAUAUAUAUGACUCACACUACAUACUCAGGUGGGUUAAUCUUGAAUGAGUACUCCUGAAUCAGCGACACGCGGUAGAAAAUGUUAACAAGGGUUUAUUCAGCUAUAAAACUACCUGCUUGAUGAGGUUGUCGGGUUUGAGAUUGUUUGAUUUCUUUCUUUGAAGGUUGAUGGGAAUCUGCUGUAUAUUUGGUUCGUUUAUUCUGCACGUGACCAGUGGGCUCUGUGUCGGUAAGGAAAAUGCGUCUUAUGGGGAUUGAUUUUAUACAAGUUUGAAUGGAGAUUGUUUUGAGAUUGAAAUGGACAAGACACGGAUCUUUGACUCUCUUCUAUGUUGCAGCAUGGGAGGGGGUCUUAACUAAAGAGUGGCAAGUUGAUCUGUAUUUUGUAUGUAGAGAUGCAAAUCAGUGUGCUAAUAUCAUGGCUAGGUUAUCUCAUAACUUGGUGACCUUCGGAUCUUCAAUUAUUCCCGAUCUUGGUGUGAA